AUGAGCGCUAGAUUCCUCGUUGCUUUCAAACAACUCUUCGUUUCCGAACUCCCAGCCAUCGCUGAAGCCUCCAGCACCACUGCCUCACCAGCUGGUAAACUCAUCGAAUUCUUGAACCCACUCACUGGUGACCCAACUGCCAAGUUCAUCAAUUACGCUUCAGUUUUCGCUGUUGGUUACGGUCUCAACUGUGCCAUCAACAUGCACCACGACCACCAAGAUGUCAUCUACCCAUACAUGAAGACAAAGAGAACCAAGACCUUGGCUCACUUGUACACCAAAUCAGAUUGUGCCUUUAUACUUUUCUUUUUCACUUUUUCAGAUGUUGCAAACAAUUUACUAAAAAAGGACGUUUGUGAUUAA